AUGUCUGAAGAUUCACGCCAGUCUGACCAUGAUGGCAGUGGCAUCGCGAAGAGCUCGAUGGGUCUGUUCGCCAAAUUACCUCUUCACUUGAUGAUCAGAAUCGGUAGAUUCUUGCGAGAAGAUGGCUCGCUCAACCACGUCACAAAGCUCUCUAAAUCCUUGCGACGCCUUUACUUGCCUCACCUGGUUCACACCAUCGACCACAGAGGUCCACCAUUCCUUCUAACUCGGCGGCUGAAGGCAUUCGCUGACGAGAGGGGCCGACUGAUCACUGGACAGGACCACAUGCAUGGAGCGGUGAGAAGCUUGACGAUUUCAGUCAUUCCUUAUGACGAACAUAAAUCUCCCCAUAGCCCAGGACGUUGGGACGACCUCCAUGACAUGAUACAUGACGAUGGCGAUGCUCUGCCGGAGCUGAUCGCUGAAUGCAUCCGGUACACCACAAAUCUCCAAGGAUUGUCACUCAACAUUCGCGACCUCGAGGCAGAGCAAAACAAGAAGAUGCUCGAUCUUUUGAGUGAUAAGAGCGACCUCCGUAUCGAUGUCAAGAACCUACGGCUGAGAGUCCUCAGGGAUCUCCCAAGUUACCAAGAGAACUAUUUUGCCGAUCCCGGCAAAAUGUUUGAGGGUUGGACCGAUCACUCUCUUCAAACCCUGCAAGUCAAUUGCAAUCUUGGUUGCUUGUGGCCGCUUUACAACCGCCAAAACCAACUGCGAAGCCUCAGCAUCGUAUUGGAUGAUAACGUAGAUGAAUUGUUCGACAUGAAGAAAAAGGAUCGUGACCUGAUAUGCGCUUUUGCAUUGAUGGUUCGACUGGCAUGCUAUCACUUCCCAAGCCUUGAAGCUCUGGUUCUUCAAGAUUACACCGCUGAUUUACCGCUCUGUGUAGUCUACUCAGUGCCAACGGAUAAUCGAGGAGCUACGAUCGAACCAGCGGCUCAGGCAUCUGGCCUUAUUCCAACAGCAUCUCGAUACGGGACCGAACUUGUUACCUGGGACGUCACCUUAUAG